AUGUCUAUAGUCCCCUACAAUGCCAACAACGAGAUCCUUUACCACGACCCCAUCCAUGGCAUCCUAGUCCUUCACAACAACCAGUACAACUCGAUCCUGUUGCUUUCCACCAAAACCCCAGGCUUUCCAGGCUUAGGCGGUGGAACAAGACCUGGCGGCAAUGGACCCUCCAACCACACGUUUCCAGGAACCAGUUCUGGCCACACAUUUCACGACCAGUUUCCAGGGUUUUCCCAGCCCAACGCCUGUCCCAACUGUGGGUUUCAAUGGGCACCCAAUACCAAUCCAUUCCGGCUGCAAACCAGGCGAUCAGGCGAUUCCACCUCCAGCUUGGCCAGAGUGCCUAGCGUGGAGCAGACAGACCAUCCACCAAAUAUGCUCUACGGAAACUCCCAGGAGUUUAUCCGCCACGAUUACUUCAAGUUGCUAGGUCAAUUGUCCCAUACAAGCGAACACGAGUCCAAGUCUCGAGUCCACCAUUCCCUUCCGCAAGACAUCUUCAACCAGGGAUACUUCAAGCGGUUUUUCAAGAAAAUUCCUCCCUACACUUUGGGGUCGGGAGCUCAUGCCCAGGUCUAUAAGGUAAACCAUGUACUCAACGAUAUCAAGCUUGGAACUUACGCUGUGAAACGAAUCAGCGUGGGCAACAAAAUUGAGUUGUUAGAGCUGGUUCUCAACGAAGUGUUGAUUCUCUACGAGCUUUCAGUCAAAGGCGCCAACGAGAACAACUUGAUACGCUAUAACCAUGUUUGGUUGGAAUUGGGUGACAUCCUGGACCUGGCAACCUACCUUUUGCCAAACGUGGGCGAGAAAAUCAAGGGCGAGAAUGCAAGAGUCCCAUACGUGUUUAUACUUCAGCAGUACUGUGAUGGUGGUCAUUUGGAGGACUUGAUUUCCACCCAUUACAAGUUGGAAACGACAAUGUCUUGGAAAGAAAAGGUGACCAAGGAAAGACUCAAGAGACGCAGCAGUCGUCUGGGACCUACUGUGCCUGAUCCAGAGAAGAAAUGGUUGAGCGAAGUCGAGAUAUGGAAGUUCUUCAAGGAUAUCACAAAUGGGGUAAACUACUUGCAUCUUCACGGAAUCCUCCACCGUGAUCUCAAGCCUUCGAACUGCUUGCUUGACGAAAAAUACAUUAAAGAUGGUAUCCCCGACACAAUAGAUCUGCAGAAUUUUGAGAGUGCAAUAAAACGUCUUCCAAAAGUCUUAGUUUCUGAUUUCGGGGAAGGUAAAUUCAUCGACAAGCAUUCUUUACCCGAAUCAUUCAAAAUCGAAGAAGAAAGACAGGGAAAUACUGGAACAUUGGAAUAUACUGCACCGGAGUUGUGGCUCUUCUCCAAUUAUGAUCCAGCGUUGGGCUUGGGAAAUGGAAAAUACAUCAAUGACUUUACCUACGAAAGUGACAUUUACUCGUUGGGGCUUAUCUUGUGCUACUUGACAGUGGGAACUUUGCCAUUUUCGAGUCUCAUAUCAGGGGAAACCGAUCCACAGGUAAUUAGAACCCAGAUCAUAGAUUGGUACUUUGCAUUAAGCAAGGAAAGUUUCCGUGAAUGGUAUGUCGAAUCCCUUCAACAAGUCGGAGGAAAUAAUUCUGGGGUUUGCAACCAUGAUUUCGAGAAGCUUAUAUACAUGAUGAUAAAGGGUGAUGAUGGGGAGGAUGUUGGAAACUAUUCCCCACGAAAUAGAGCAUCAGCUGGGGAUGUAUUGAAGUACUUAGAUACCAUUAAGACAGAAAAGCUAUUUGCAUCCGAAGAGGAUUUAAAUUAUCAUGAAACAUCCAUUGGUACUGAAAGGCCAGAAAAAUACCCACAUCUCAGCUUAACAGAAAUGACUGAUCCUUUGGGCCGUAUCGAUACGCGCAGCAUCGAAUCUUUAGAUGACGAUGAUGAGAUCAACUUGACUGUAUCUGAGGAGCCGCUUGAAUCGGCCCAAAAGGUUACAGAGAAUACAGAUAUUGCCGGGAAUACCUAUGUUCUAAUACUAAUUAUCAAUUUCCUAGUAUUAGAGUAUAUUUCUGCCACAGUAGAAAGCACUUCAAGAUGGGUGUUGGUGACUGCAAAGGCAAUGAAUUACUUGGGAUUCUGGAGCCAUUGGAAGCUAGAAGCUAGGUUCUGGAGGUAUUUGAUGUUGGUUCUGGCCACCAUACUGGUUUUUGCGAUAGCGACAGUAGCAUAUACCAAUGACUCAUCCACCUUCCAUGAGUUGUGGCCUACCUCAGAUAACAAUUAG